GCUGUCUCCUUCUUCUGCUACGAUUCUCAGUAUCAAAUCAACCUCGAGGUGAUCUUUCUUUUUCCUUUUACCAAUCCCACUAUGGAAAUUUUUUGAAUAUGCUCUGAAUUUAAUCUGUUGGCUCCGGGCUUUGUAAUCUGUUCUGCUCCGAAUCUCUGUUCCUUUACUGCUCUUUCUCCAUCAGGAGCUGCGAGAUUCUAAAAGUGUUGUGUGUGGACGGCCAUUGCAUUUUGAUCUCUUUUCAGCGAUGCAUGUUAGUCGUAACUGCCGAUGCUUGUGGUUUUCUGGUUUUUUGUGUGAAGUUGUUGGAAGAAUAGCUUUGGUUAUUGCGUUUCGGUUGGUGGAUUAAUGAGGGGGGCUCCGAAGCACGAGCGGCGGUGGGCGUCAGAUACGGUUCCUGGAAAUGCGAAGAUGAGCACAGGAUCGUCUUCGGGAACGGAAGCGAGUGUGGGGGAGGUGUUUGUCGAGGUCACUGUCGAUCUACAGAACGAUGAUAGAAUCGUCCUACGCAGCGUUGAGCCGGCUACGGUUAUCAACAUCGAUAACGCCGCCUCUGUAGGAUCUGAAGCUCCGAAGUCUGCUUCGAUGUCGAGAUCGCCGACGGCUAAGCGGAGCUCGUCCAAUCUGUUGCGUCUAUUUUCGCAGGAACUGAAGGCGGAAGCGGUUGCUAAGGCAAGGCAGUUUUCGCAGGAGCUGAAGGCCGAGUUGAAGCGGUUUUCCUGGAGCAAUGGACAUUCUACCGAUUCCGGAAAUGGAUUUGACUCAGCGUUGGCCGCUCGAGCUCUAAGGAAGCGGCAAGCUCUGCUUGAUCGCACUCGUUCCGGUGCUUGUAAAGCGCUUCCCGGCCUGAGAUUCAUUAGUAGUAAGAUCAAUGGCGUCGACGCCUGGAACGAAAUCCAGAGCAAUUUCGAUAAGCUCGCCAAGGAUGGAGUCCUCUACCGCUCUGAUUUCGCUCACUGCAUAGGAAUGAAAGAUUCAAAGGAGUUUGCUCUGGAACUGUUCGAUGCUCUGAGUCGAAGACGAAGAUUGAAGGUCGAAAAAAUCAGCAGAGACGAACUCUUCGAGUUCUGGUCGCAAAUCACCGAUCAAAGUUUCGAUUCGCGACUGCAGAUCUUCUUCGACAUGGUCGAUAAAAACGAAGACGGCCGAAUUACCGAAGAAGAAGUCAAAGAGAUUAUUAUGCUGAGUGCUUCUGCAAACAAGCUACUGAGGCUAAAGGAACAGGCAGAGGAAUAUGCGGCCCUCAUCAUGGAGGAGCUGGACCCUGAAAGGCUGGGCUACAUCGAGCUGUGGCAUUUGGAAGCCCUUUUGCUACAGAAGGACACGUACCGGAACAACAGUCAAGCCCUCAGCUAUACAAGCCGAGCAUUGAGCCAGAACAUACAGGGAUUAAGGAACAAAGGCCCCAUAACAAGGAUAAGAACAAAACUACUCUACUAUUUGCAGGAGAAUUGGAGGAGAAUAUGGGUGCUGACAUUAUGGGCCAUGAUCUUGGUUGGCCUUUUCAUGUGGAAGUUCUUCCUGUACAAGCAGAGGCAAGCCUCCAUGGUCAUGGGCUACUGUCUCCUUACGGCUAAGGGUGCAGCUGAGACCCUGAAAUUCAACAUGGCUAUCAUUUUGCUGCCCGUAUGUAGAAAUACCAUCACUUGGAUAAGGUCUACCAGGCUGGGAUAUUUUGUACCAUUUGACGACAAUAUCAAUUUCCACAAGACGAUAGCCGCAGCGAUUGGAGUUGGUGUCAUUCUCCAUGUAGGGAGCCACCUUGCCUGUGAUUUUCCAAGACUCGUACAGUCAUCUGAUCAAAGCUAUAAUUAUGUGAAGGGUUACUUUGGACCAGACAAGCCUACCUACUUAGAUUUGUUUAAGGGAUGGGAAGCUGUGACUGGCAUACUAAUGGUCAUCUUCAUGGCAGUGGCAUUCACUCUAGCUACCCGAUGGUUUAGAAGGAGCUUGGUUAAGCUGCCCAAGCCAUUUGAUAGGCUGACUGGUUUCAAUGCCUUCUGGUAUUCGCACCACCUGUUUGUCAUUGUUUACGUUUUGCUCGUCAUUCAUGGCAUCUUCCUCUAUCUUGAGAAUAGAUGGUACUGUAAGACGACUUGGAUGUAUCUUGGCAUCCCAGUUUUACUCUAUGCUGGGGAAAGGACCCUUAGAUUCUUCCGCUCAGGCUUCUACAGUGUUCGACUCCUCAAGGUCGCUAUUUACCCGGGAAAUGUUCUGGCAUUACAAAUGUCUAAACCUCCUCAGUUCCGUUAUAAGAGUGGACAGUACAUGUUUGUCCAAUGUCCCGCCGUUUCCCCAUUUGAAUGGCAUCCAUUUUCGAUUACUUCUGCUCCAGGGGAUGACUAUCUGAGUGUUCACAUACGGCAGCUGGGUGAUUGGACACAAGAAUUAAAGAGGGUAUUUGCUGAAGCUUGUGAAACACCAGUUAGUGGGAAGAGUGGGUUGCUCAGGGCUGACGAAACGACCAAGAAAUGCUUACCGAAACUCUUGAUAGAUGGACCCUAUGGUGCACCUGCACAAGACUACAGAAAUUAUGAUGUUCUCUUACUUGUUGGUCUUGGUAUUGGAGCAACACCUUUCGUUAGCAUUUUGAAGGAUUUGCUAAAUAGCAUUGUCAAAAUGGUGGAGCAGGCAGAUUCAAUUGCAGAUGGAGGUAAAGAGUCGGAUCUCAGUUUCGGAAGCACGGAUUCUUCGUCGACUGCCAGGGUUUCUCCCAAACGAAAGAAGAUUCUGAAGACAACUAAAGCUUACUUUUACUGGGUAACCAGGGAACAGGGCUCGUUUGACUGGUUCAAAGGGGUCAUGAAUGAAGUGGCUGAGAUGGAUCAAAGGGGCGUCAUUGAGAUGCACAACUAUCUGACCAGUGUGUACGAGGAAGGAGACGCUAGAUCAGCCCUCAUCACGAUGGUUCAAGCACUAACUCACGCAAAGAACGGGAUGGAUAUUGUUUCUGGCACCAAGGUCAGAACUCAUUUUGCAAGGCCCAAUUGGAAGAAAGUUUUCUCCAGAAUUUGUUCCAAGCAUUGUAAUGCUAAAAUAGGAGUAUUCUACUGUGGAGCACCAAUCCUUGCAAAAGAACUUAGCAAUCUCUGCUAUGAAUUCAAUCAAAAGGGCCCAACAAAGUUUGAUUUUCACAAGGAACACUUCUGAGAAACCAGGUUACGGGUACACAAAAAACCCAGAAAAAAUAGACCUUAGAAACAGAAGAGUAUAUGCAUAAAAAUACUGAGACUUUAGGCAUUUAGUACUUAGUAUAACCGUGAAAAUUCCUGGUUGAAGAGUCGAAACUUGGUUGGAACUUAUCCUUUCCUGGGUUCAAGUUGCAGUGGUGACCGUGUGGCUUGUCUAUUAAAGUGAUGGGGGAAGGUAAUGGAUCAGUGAUGUCAUGAUGUUAGGAGGCCCAAAUGUGGUACAGCUGCAAUGAACUGGUUGGUUGAUGAUGACCCAAUUGGAAGGUGAUUGGUUGGUGGGCGAUAGGAGCCAAUUUUGAAAUCAAGAAAAGCUAGAGUACUAAUGUUUUUAGUUAGUGGUGGAAGUUGGAAUAGGAUUGGCUAAUGGCUAUCCUUAUCUGCUUUCUUUUCCAAACUCCGCUCAUAUAUGGAGAGAAGAACGAAGCUUUCUUUAUAAGGGUGUGAAAACUUCUCCCCAGCAGACACGUUUUAAA